AUGGCUUUGAAAUCUGCAAAGAUGUAUAAGAGACACCCAUUUGAUGAGUUUCGGGAUAGGGUUCCGAGCUCGCUGAGGAGUAAUAGAAGAGUGAUGGGGAAGCCAGUCAAGUUUCCAGGUGUUAACGAGGAGUUGCAGAAGGUAUUGGAUGCUAAUAUGGACCAAGUGGAUGCGAGGCGUCGUGCUCGUGAGGCGUUCAAGAAUAUUCAGCUUUCAAUUGAUCAUUGCUUGUUUAAGAUUCCAUAUGAAGGAUUGAAGAUGGAGGAGUCCUACGAGGUGAACUCUAGAGGGUUGGAAAUUUUUUCAAGAAGUUGGCUUCCAGAGACCCCCAAAGCAGUGGUUUGUUUUUGUCAUGGUUAUGGAGACACUUGCACAUUUUUCUUUGAAGGUAUAGCUAGGAAGUUAGCAUCAUCUGGAUAUGGAGUUUUUGCAAUGGAUUAUCCUGGAUUUGGUCUUUCGGAAGGUCUUCAUGGCUAUAUUCCAAGCUUUGACAGGCUGGUUGAUGAUGUCUUCGAGCACUACUCAAAAGUUAAAGGUAUAUCACCUGUUUACUAA